AUGGCGCUCAAAUCCGGUGUAUUCGCUUGCCUCAUCCUUGCAUUGUGCGUGAGCUGCAACAACGUCAUGGCACAGGACCACCGGGCCAUCCAACCUCCGUCCGUAUGCCCCGCGUGCCCCCGGUCCGAGAACCUCGGGAAGGAGACUGAGAAAAGCGCAAGCAGCAUAGUGGAGCGCACGUCCGAAAACGUCGGCAAGGAGACUACUGAGGUGACCUAUCCUUGCGAUGAAAAUGCCAUCGAGGCUGUUCAGCAGCUCUGCGGGAAUCUGGUCUCAGCGCUACUGGUGCCAAUUUGCGAAUGGGCGGCCGACAACAAGGUCACAAUCCCAGGCAUGGAUGGCUACCUACGCGGCGAUACCAUUCUGUUGCUGGCCAUUCUAAUUGCGGUGGCCAUCUACUUCUCCACCUUUUCAGCACCGCUGCGACGGACGGAAGUGGACCAGGGCAACUGCGUCACCGCUGACGGAGAGAUGGCCCCGCGUCCACGGGGUCCACGGGCGGAGUCCAAGGACUCCUGAGUCAACGCAGAUGUUUCACUCGCACUGCGCGUGCAUUGAUUCCAACUCGAAACUCCACAUAUUCGAACUGCGAAAUGAUGCACCAGUCACU